GUAGCCUACACCUCCAAUGUGUAAGAAUUUCUCAUUAUGACUGUCAAGGAAACCUUCAUGAUCAUGAUAAUUUUCUUUCUUAUCAUCAUGUUAUGCUUCUUGGAUUCUCUUGAUGCAUCAUGGGUCAACACGCUCAACCAAGGCGAUAAGCUCAAUUCCUCUGCUUACCUAGUUUCUGCAGGAAAGAUCUUCACACUGGGAUUCUUUAUACCAUCAACAUUUUCCAAUGACAGUUACUUAGGAAUAUGGUACUCCAAUGACAGUUACAGGAAGGUAUGGGUUGGAAACAGAAACACACCUAUUGCUGACAAUUCUGGUGUUCUCACUAUAGACAGUGUUGGCAAAUUGAUUAUCACACAUAAUGGAGGAGAUCCUAUUGAACUAUAUGGGGGUCUAACCGGCACCAACAUAGCUGCUACUCUGUUUGACUCCGGCAAUUUCAUUGUGACAGUGGCAAACAACAAUGGAUCCAAGAAAGCGGUAUUGUGGGAAAGCUUUUACUAUCCUACCGACACACUUCUACCGGGCAUGAAGCUAGGGGUCAACCACAGGACCGGCCAGAAGUGGUCAAUCACAUCAUGGGUAGGACAAGAUGUACCAGCUUCUGGGGCUUUCACUCUGGAAUGGGAUCCCACUAAACGCCGAUUAAUUGUUAGGCAACGAGGGGUGAUACAUUGGAGUAGUGGGGUCUUGGGGGACAAAAACUUCGAGUUUAUAACUAUUGAUCCAUCUAAUUUGAAUUAUGUAUUCACCAAUGUUAGUACCAUGGAUGAGGAGUACUUAGUUAUUCACUGAUAAAGGAUUUUUUUUUUUACGCCUGAGGAUCGAAAGGUUAUAUCAGGAUGGUUGUUAGAUUACCAUGGUUGGAUAUAUGAUGGAGAUAGGCCUAUGAUUGCACAAGUCGAUCUCUGUUAUGGGUACAACAAAGAUAAAGGGUGUGAACUA